AUGAGAUCUUGCGGGUGGGGAGCGGUAGCCCUUCACUUGGCUGAGCCUCUUUCUUCUCACCAGAUGCUGGGUCCCAUGUACGCCAUCUUCCUGCUGCUGCUGCUGCCGUCUCCGCUCCUGACCACCAGGAGCACCCCCGACCCCUCCGUCACCCAGGACCAAGGUCACCACCCCAGCUCCAGGCUCCAGGAGAGCCCAGCAGAUGGGGAAUCCUGCUGGAGCACUUACGACCUGUACUUCGUCUUGGACUCAUCACGCAGUGUAAAUGACAACUGGGAGUUCACACAGAGCUUUGUGCGGGAUUUGGUGCACAGAUUUAAAAACCCCAAACAGCGUAUGUCGUUCAUUACCUACUCGACACACGGCCGCAUCCACAUGAAGCUGACCUCGAACAGAACAAAAAUAAACAAUGCUCUUGUUGAAUUGCUCAAUGUACGACCUUCUGGAGCCAUAAAUAUGCAGCACGGAUUGAAAAAGGCCAAUGAGCAGAUCGAAAGAACACGAGCUGCAGGAGCGAAGGUACCGAGCCUCAUCAUCGUGCUGACAGGUGAACAACUGCUGGCAGAAUCGUUUGCAGAAACACAAGUUGAAGCUGCAAAAUCCAAGCAGUUGGGGGCAACUCUGUAUUUCGUGGGUGUGCAAAAUUAUCAGCUAUCCCAGCUGUUGGAAAUUGCUGGUGAAGAGGAUCAUCUGUUUCAAGUGGACAGUGGGUACCCUGGACUGGAAGACAUCAUUGACCCACUCAUACUGAGCUCAUGUGUGCAGAUUACGUCUGUGGAUUUCUCCGCUAUCUGCACCAGAGAUAGAGAUGAAGUCAAGGUUUUUGGAAAAGGUUUUAAAAACAUACAGAAGGAUGAAGUUGUCUGUCGAUUUCGACUUGGAAAGGAAACGGCAAGAAUAGAGGCUCUAUCUGUGCAAAAUACCUCCAUUACAUGCCCAGGACCGAAGUUAAAUAAUCAGCACCAGGCCAUCUUUAUCGAUAUCAGCCUGAAUAAUGGCCUCUCCUUUAUCAAGACCGAUUUUGAUGUCAGCAGGAGGAACUGUGUGACUUCCAGGGAGAGGACCCCUCCUGCCCUACUGGAUGCCGUAUCACCAGCUGCCCAACGACAUGCCCUUCCACAUGCUGUGCCGGGUGACACACGGCAUGUUUGCCCGGAUAAAAAGCCUUACAGACCAGUCCUCAGUUUCAAACCUCUCUACUGGGCUAUGCCUCUCAUUUUGCUGCCCUUUCUCGUGCUGCUGUGCUGUUGUAUCGGGCGACGUUGCACUGCAUGUAUCCCGGCGUCACUGGGAAAGAAGUGCCUUACGGUGAUUAUGUCGUGUUGUAAUAAAGACGAAACGACAGCGCAGACAGGUGAUUCUGCUGUCCCCCUGCUGACGCCCGUCGUGGACCAUCCUGCCGCACACAGCAUCAACCCACCUGCCAUUGCUCCAUCCCCAGCAGCACGUGCUCAUGGUGCCAGGGUGCCCAACCUGCCCAGCUGAAUGAUGCCACUCAUACCUGCUGCAGCCUGGACGCUCCGGGAAGCCGCACUGCAACUCUAACCCCAUAACACGAUCGCUACAGCACCAAAACCCCAAUAUUGUUUUUUGUUUGUGUGUUACUGUUUUAUAUUUUGGUAUGAUUCAUAUACACUUAAAUGAGCAACUUUGUGGUUACUAGAUUACCCCCAUUAUCAAUUCCCUCCCACAUGCCCCAUUCCUGUCACUGUCCGUCAGCAUGUAAGAUGCUAUAGAGUCACUGCUUGUCUUCUCCAUGAAGUACCGCCUUCCCCGUGCCCACCCCCUAUAUUAUGUGUGCUGAUCAUAAUGCCCCUUUUCCCCCUUCUCCCUGUCUUCCCACCCACCCUCCCCUGUCCCUUUCCCUUUGGGAACUGUUAGUCCAUUCUUGGGUUCUGUGAUUCUGCUGCUGUUUUGUUCCUUCAGUUCUUGCUUUGUUCUUAUACUCCACAGAUGAGUGAAAUCAUUUGAUGCUUCUACUUUCUCCAGCUUGCUUAUUUCACUGAGCAGAAUACCCUCUAGCUCCAUCCAUGUUGUUGCAAAUGGUAGGAUUUGUUACCUGCCGCUUGAGGACUAUCAGCCCUUAGGUAUCAUCCCAUGUUGCAGUGGGACUUGGUGUAAGUCCCUUUUAUUUAUUUUAUUUUAUAUUUUUAUUAAGGUAUUAUUGAUACAUACACUCUUAUGAAGGUUUCACAUGAAAAACAGUGUGGUUACUACAUUCACCCCUAUUAUCGAGGCCCCCCUAUACUCCAUUGCAGUCACUGGCUGUCAGUGUAGUAAGAUGCCACAGAGUCACUAUUUGCCUUCUCUGGGCUACACUGUCUACCCCAUGAUCCCCCCCACACCACGUGUGCCAAUCAUAAUACCCCUCAAUCCUCUUCUCCCUCCCUCCCCAUCCACCCGCCCCCUCCCCUCCCCUUUGGUAACCGCUAGUCCCUUCUUGGAGCUGUGAGUCUGCUGCUGUUUUGUUCCUUCAGUUUUGCUUCAUUGUUAUGCCCCACAAAUGAGGGAAAUCAUUUGGUACUUGUCCUCUGCCUGGCUUAUUUCACUGAGCAGAAUAUCCUCCAACUCCAUCCAUGUUGGUGCAAAUGGUAGGAUUUGCUUCUUUCUCAUGGCUGAAUAGUAUUCCAUUGUGUAUAUGUACCACCUCUUCUUUAUCCAUUCAUCUACUGAUGGACUCGAUGCUUCCACAUCUUGGCUGUUGCAAAUAGUGCUGUGAUAAACGUAGGGGUGCAUAUCUCUUUUUGAGUCUGAGAACUUGUUCUCUUUGCGAAAAUUUCUAGGAGUGGGAUAUUUAUAUUUUUAGUUUUUUGAGGACCCUCCAUAUUGCUUUCCACAGUCAUUGAACUAGCUUACAUCCCCACAAGCAGUGUAGGAGUUCCCCUUUCUUCGCAUCCUCGCCAGCAUUACUUGUUCUUAGUCUUUUCUAUGGUGGCCAUCCUAACUGGUGUGAGGUGAUAUCUCACUGUGGUUUUAAUUUACAUUUCCAUUGUAAUUAGCGAUGUGGAGCAUCUUUUCAUGUGCCUGCUGGUCAUCUGAAUAUUUUCUUUGGAGAAGUGUCUGUUCAGAUCCUCUGCCCAUUUUUUAAUUGGGUUAUUUCUUUUUUGGUUGAUGAGGUGUGUGAGUUCUUAAUGUAUUUUGGAUGUUAACUCCUUGUCAGAUAUGUCGUUUACAAAUAUAUUCUCCCAUACUGUAAGA